AUGGCAGAGCAGAACAGCACACAGCAGCCAAUGGCAGAGCAGAACAGCACACAGCAGCCAAUGGCAGAGCAGAACAGCACACAGCAGCCAAUGGCAGAGCAGAACACCACACAGCAGCCAAUGGCAGAGCAGAACAGCACACAGCAGCCAAUGGCAGAGCAGAACUACAGAGGAUGGCCCUGCCUGUCAGUGUCACCUCAGCAGGAGCAGCCAGCAGCAGACAGGGAUACUCAGCAGAGACCCAGCCGGACCAGACAGGCCCACAGACCAGCCUCUCUACCCCAGGACAGGAGUUCUUCCCUGGGCCACUCUGAGACAGACUCCUCCUCUUCCCCCUCCAUCCCUGAGGUGGACCCCAAACUGUUCAGCAAGCGAAUGAGGGUGAGGCGGAAGGCGGGAGCAGCCCAUGCACAGGGGGAGUACUCCGUGUGCGACAACAUCAGCGUGUGGUUGGGGAACCUGACCAAGGCCACAGACAUCGCCGGCAGCGAGGUGGAGGUUCUGCCAGAGGUGAAGAUAGACAACGUCCGCAAGAGACAGUUCUUCCUACGAGACCACCUGCAGCGUGGCCACACCCCGGGGGGCGGAGCUGGGGCUAGGGGAGGGGCCAGUGGAGGCAUUUCUAAAGCAGGGUGCCGCGGCAUCGACAGCCGUCACUGGAACUCGUACUGCACCAACACGCACACGUACGUGCGCGCGCUCACCAAGUCCAAGGAGCAGACAGCGUGGAGACUGAUACGCAUCCACGCAGCGUGUGUGUGUGUCCUCAGCCGCAAGUCCUGGAGGCACUGA